AUCCAAUCCCAGCUCUGCUCCAGAACGCACCCACACUCCACUGACCACUACUCUGGAGAAUCAGGGGGAGUGAGAAACCAUGAAGCCUCUCGCCGCUCUGCUCGUCUCCAGCCUCCACAUCCAUUGCCUUUGCCUACUACUCCGGGGAGCACAUGCCACGGCGCCGGCGCCGGGAGCCCACCACAAGUACAACGCGACGGUGUACAACGCCUCGGCAGCGCGGUGCGCGGACUGCGACGGCGGGGGAGACGGCGCCGCGGCCGGCGCGGCGCUGGGCGGCCUCGGCGCGUGGGCGGAGGCGGCGGAGUUCCUCUACUACCACAACGCGGUGCGGAUGGCGCGGUGGGAGCUGCCGCUGGCGUGGUCGCCGCGGCUGGAGUCGUACGCGCGGUCGUGGGCGUCGCAGCGCCGGGCGGACUGCGCGCUGCGGCACUCGUUCCCGGAGGGCCAGUUCGCGCUGGGCGAGAACAUCUUCUGGGGCGGCGCCGGCGCGGCGUGGCGGCCCGGGGACGCCGUCAAGGACUGGGCGGCGGAGGGCGUGGACUACUCGUACGCCGCCAACGCGUGCGCGCCCGGCCGGGAGUGCGGCCACUACACGCAGAUCGUGUGGCGCCGCACCGCCUACGUCGGCUGCGCGCGCGUCGUCUGCGACGACGGCGGCGUCUUCAUCACCUGCAACUACUACCCGCCGGGGAACGUCGUCGGGGAGCGGCCCUACUGACCCGGCCCGCCGGCGAGCUGCGGCGCGACAUUCUAGGAGCAUAUACUACUGCCAUAUGACACUGGCCUCGGCGCUGUCUGUCAUGGCAGUGUUGUUCCUGUCGAGACUCUAGGAGCAUAUUGUAAACUACUCCAAUUUGAGAGCAGAUAAUGAUAGUGUCACCGUCGUGACUGAAUUGAGUGUGACAAAUAGAGAUGGAUGUACGUAACUCAACGUAAUUGCUGUGACUGAAUGAGCUGAAAUUUUUAGACUUGGAUCACUGAA